ACUUCAAAGAUUGGAUGCCGCAGCAAGAUCUACUUCUACUCCCAAGACAGCCAACUUCACGUGCGUCGUUACGACUUUCGUCACAAUCACGAGGUGCGUCCUGAUCUGGUUCAUUUUCCGCCGAAACGUCGGCGGACACGGAAAGAGAAGGAAGCAGAAGAAGCGGCAACAGCAGCAGCAUCUGCUCCUAUCCCGCUCAUUGGCACUGCUAUUCCCGGUACUGACACUGUUUCUGGGCCGCUCUCAUUGGGGAUGGUGAAAUGCGAGGCUGCCCUUCGAGGGUCUUCUGCUCGCAUCCUCAGACAACCAACAAAUUUUGAAUUUGCUACAGAAGAAGUCGAUGUGGGUGUAGAAGGGGAAGAAGUCGAUGAAGAUGACGAAUUCGAUGAUGAAGAUGAUGAUGCACAGGAUGAUCUGCCUCAGCUCUAUCUACCUUCGAACGGCUGUGGACACCAAAAUUUUAUAGAGGAAGACUUCCGAUCUGUUUUCCAAAUGCACGACUUUGAGGUGCCUUUACAGCCACAACAGUCGGAUGCCAGUAGCUGUUUCAGUCUCCCUCCGGGUGCUUAUCAUUUCUACAGCGGAAGUCUGCAAACACCGCAGACGGUCGAUAUGUCUACAGAGAGCUUGGUACCCAUGGAACGCGGCAAUUUUGAAACCGAGGAAGAAAAUUUGGCUUUGGAGACAACGAAGUCACUGUCGCGAGAGCCUCUAGAGGCGAUGCUGCCAUCGCGCUUGGAUCCGCAGCUCCAGAGAUUGGGCGAAUUAGCAAGUAGUUGCGGACCGAUUCGAUUUGCGAGUAGAUUGAGGGAACUGAAGGCUCUUGGUGAUAAAUGGACACGGGAGAAUGAAAUCUUAAUGCUUAGAAGUCGAAGCUACGGCGGAGCUGGUGUGGUGAUUGUGGGUGCUUGGUGA